CGUCAGAUGGCGAUGGCUCAUGAUUGAUUGGAUCUGCAUUUUGUUCGUCAGAACUCAGAAAUACAAUCUGUUCGUGCAUAUCGAGAAAAAACAGUAGUCUCGUGUGCGAAGGGGAGAAGGGCCAAGCCCACAACAAACGGGCCGAACUAAUUGUAGCCCGCACGGCACCGACUCUGGUCUGGUCGGGGGCGGCGGCGCUUGCAGAACAGAUCCGCGACGAGAGAAAGAUCGGAAAAGAAAUAAACUUUACGGUGCUAGGAGACAGAGGAGGCGUCGGCGGCGAUGUCGAUGGCGAUAGCGCGUUCGGUGUUGGCGCAGGCGGCCUGUGGCCGCCACGCCUCCCAGCCACUUGUUCCGGCGAGGGCCGCCCUGGAGCCGUCUCUCCCGUCCGCUGGAUGGAUGAUGCAGCGGAACACAACUGCAAACACCGUGGGCAAGCGGUUUCUGUCCGGCAAGCAACGGCGCGGUGAUUCCAUUUUGGAUAAGCUGCCUGAUUUUGAAAAGUAUGUUCCUCUCAGUAAUGUUAUGGCGCUGUGUGCUUUCACUUGGGGUGUGUGUACAAUUGUACCCUACAUAAUUGAUAACCUCAAAGGGAUAGAGGAUAAUGACAAGGCUAGGGGCAAAGAUGGUCCCGAGAAGAGUCGUAGAUGAAGAUAUUCAUGAUAAUAUCUCUGACCGGUUAAAGGAAGCGUGACGCGUGACGCCCUUAAUUAGUGUACAGUAAACAUUUAGCUAUUGCAGUUUCCAAGCUGUGGACACGGUCUCUGUGUUAUCAGUGUUAUCAGAUCCAGAUAAUUGUAUCUCCUCCAGCAGUGUUUUGAGUGUGGUAUGUUGAUGUGUUCUUGCGUUAAAAUGAACUA